AUGGGAGCAGUCGCUGGCUUCCAGUCCAAGUGGCUCAAGAGCGUUUCGGGUGGAUCUGGCUUUACGCUCUUCCUCUUGCUUCUGUCGUUCGUGCUGUGGGACAAGCUGAAGAGGACGGCCCAGUUCCUAUCUCAGCCUCGAUCCAAGUUAAUCCUGAGCAUCUUCGGAGCUCUGCUCAUGCUCGUCGCCGCGUUCAUUGUUACCAUCAGCGCAUGGGGUGCUCCGGGCUGCAAGAACCCCGACAACGACCCCCACCACGAGCUCGGUGACGAUUUCAAGAAGGGCCUCAAGAGCUGGUGCACGACAAAGAAGGCUUCGGCCGUCUUUGACUGGCUUGCCCUCGGAGGAUGGGGUGGCCUGGUGGCUCUCGCUGGCAUCGAGUUCCGCAACGACCGCCAGGUGACUCGCCACCGUGAACCAAGCUUUAUCCCUCCUCAGUCCCCUACCGGCGACGGCACGCAGCGGUACGAUCCUGUCGGCAAUAGCCGUGGGGAGGAAGGCGAUGUGUUCGCCGACAAGCACGAGGCCUACCCACACGGCGCAUCUGGUCCGGCUUACGCCUACCGCACUGGGUUCCAAUCCGACACCGCCAUGGGUCGACCCAGUGUGGAUGCUUACGGUGCCUUCGAUGGGGAUAUGCCUGGAGCAGGACCCCAGCGUACGAGCCGCACCCUGCAGAUGGCAUUCCAGGACCCUUACGCCGAGGUCAGGGCUUCAGUUCUUGCCGAUCAAGGCUACACCGCCGAGAACAGCUCCGCGCCGCUUUACGGCGUCCCGCAAGCUGGACAGCCCUACGGCAGCGGCGCGUACGCAACCCCUCAGUCGCAGCGCCCCCAACCCCCACGAUACUAA